AUGAAUAUGUCAAUAAGAACAAUUGGAUUUAAGUCAUAUGAUGCUGAACAAACUUGGGGACAACCAAGUCAUCAAUUUCAGAGAAAUAUUUUGCCACCAGGUGAUUCUCCUAUUCCAUCUGUUUCUUCGGGAUCAUCUUCACCUCUUUCAGCCACUUCUGCUCCACCAACAUUGGGCCAACCAAAAGGAGGCAGUGCCGGUCAAGAUCGAAAGAUACCUCCUCCCAUUGGAACAGAGAGACUGGCCCGAAUUCGGCAAGGAGGGUCCGUUGCACAAGCCCCUGUAGGGACCAGUUUUGUCGCUCCUGUUGGACACAGUGGAAUCUGGUCAUUUGGUGUCAAUGCUGUGUCAGAAGGCUUAUCAGGUUGGUCGCAGUCUGUGUUAGGGAACCACCCCAUGCAUCAACAAUUAUCAGACCCAAGCACAUUCUCCCAGCAUCAACCAAUGGAGAGAGAUGAUUCUGGAAUGGUAGCCCCCUCUAACAUUUUUCAUCAGCCUAUGGCAAGCGGUUUUGUGGAUUUUUCUAAAGGUCUGCCUAUUUCCAUGUACGGAGGCACCAUAAUACCCUCACAUCCUCAGCUUGCUGAUGUUCCAGGAGGCCCUCUGUUUAAUGGACUUCACAACCCAGAUCCUGCUUGGAACCCUAUGAUAAAAGUGAUUCAAAAUUCAACUGAAUGCACUGAUGCCCAGCAGAUUUGGCCUGGCACGUGGGCACCUCAUAUUGGAAACAUGCAUCUCAAAUAUGUCAACUAAGUUAGAAGGUCUUUACUCUUUAGCCUUGUUUGAGAAACCUAUGACCUUGGAAGAACCCUGGGGAUUUUUUUUUCAAUGUGCCUAAGAAAUUUUCUCUGAGGCUUUAGCAGUGGAAAUUUGAUUGCCCAUUGUAUAAGAACAAAUUGAUUUCCUAUCCACCUGAUUAUGUUCUCUGGUUAGUUUAGCCAUUUUCAACUUAAGAUCAGAUGAACUUAGAGCUUUUGGCUAAACAUACUGAAUGCUACUUGUAUGCAGAAGAGAAUUAGAUGAUUACGUGUUUCAACCUUUUAGGGUGGUAAAUACAUGUAUAAUUGUUUACAUACUUAAAAGGAAAAAGUGAGUAAAUUUCUUGUCAUAUAGUGGCUCUACUUAAUGUAGCCUGUAUUAAUGUGAAAUAUUUACCAGAAUAUUCAAUAAAAAGAUGAACAGUG